AGAGCCAUGAGGAGGUCCUAGAGUGAGAGGCUAGAGAGAGCCUCCUCAAGUGAUGAGAGAGAGAUCCUUGAGGAGGGCUAUUAAGUAAGUGAAGGCCUCCUCUAGAGAGGGAUGUGAGAGUGAAGUAGUCUCAUACAAAGAGUGAUGUGAGCUACUCGAUUACUUGUAAAAUCUUUCUUGUACAUUUCAAUUGUAUAAUACAAAGUGUUAUUGUUAGAUUGAGCCUUUGUAUUAAGAGUGGAUGUGUGAGUGUACAAGAGUCCUUUGAGCUCGUGAUCCUGGAAGAGGUCGGGGUGUCGUGUUUUCCCCAACAGUGGUACCAGAGCCGAGGUUAUUGGAGGUGGAGAAACGGGUAGAGUUCUUCAUGGGGAUGGAUCUCGUUUUAAUUACUGUGUUGGUAGCGGCAUUGUCAGAGGCAUUCGAGAUCACACUUUUUGAUGGGAUGAUGGACUUCACUUUAGAGCUUGGGUCAUACAUAUAUGGAGGAGCGGUGAUGAGAUGCAUUGUGUGGGUGGUUCUCAGUUUGGUCUCGCGAUUUGAUUUGUUAGUGGUGCGUUGUAUCGAAAGUCUUCCUGAUGUUGUGGUGGUCAGGCGGUGUGUCCCGUUGGUAAACAACGGCGGUACAAGAAGAAUUGCAGGUCAAGUGUCGGCGGAAAGGAGAUCUUCUUGAGAACAUCUCAUAUAGGGUUUGGUCUUGCGAUUUGAUCUACUAUUGGUGCGUUGUAUCGAAAGUCUUCCUGAUAAUGAGGUGAUCAGGCGGCGUGUCCCGUUAAUAGAUAACGGCGGUACAAGAGAGUUUGGUGGAUCAUUUCUUGCUGCGGAGGAGAUCAUGACCAUUCCUUGUAGCUGCUCAUAUGGUGUGAUGCAAGCAUUGUUUGAGGGGGAGCAACUCACAUGAAGGUGGAGGCCAGUGAGUCUAAAUGUGAGACUAUUAUUGGUGGUUGACUGCUACUUCUCAAUUAAGUCGGUAGGGGGAGAUUUGUUGGGAUCCCUCCUUAAUUGAGAAGUUAAUGAGAAUUCUAGAAUAGUGCGAAGAUGUCUAGAAUUCUCUAGAUGUGUGUAGAGAAGCAUUGAAUGUUCUAGAAUAUUCUGGAGCUUUCUAGAGAGACGUGGAAUUAUCUAGAAGUGUGUGGAAGAGUAUAUAAUAUUCUAGAACAUUGUGGAGCUUUCUAGAGAAGUGUGGAAUUCUCUAGAAUCGUGCGGAAGUGUGUAGAAGCCUCUAGAAUAUCCUGGAGCAGUGUGGAGUUCUCUAAAUCCUUCUAGAAGAAUAGAGAAGCUUGUGGUCACUUCUUGGAAGAAUCUAGAAGUAUAGAGAGUUCUAGAGGAGCUUGAGGAGAUUAGUAUAAAUAGGGGUGAAACUCCUCAUUUCUAGAGAGAGAGCCUCUAGAGUGAGAGCCAUGAGGAGGCCCUAGAGUGAGAGGCUAGAGAGAGCCUCCUCAAGUGAUGAGAGAGAGAUCCUUGAGUAGGGCUAUUAAGUAAGUGAAGGCCUCCUCUAGAGAGAGAUGUGAGAGUGAAGUAGUCUCAUACAAAGAGUGAUGUGAGCUACUCGUUUACUUGUAAAAUCUCUCUUGUACAUUUCAAUUGUAUAAUACAAAGUGUUAUUGUUAGAUUGAGCCUUUGUAUUAAGAGUGGAUGUGUGAGUGUACAAGAGUCCUUUGAGCUCGUGAUCCUGGAAGAGGUCGGGGUGUCGUGUUUUCCCCAACAAUAAAUAAUGCAUGUAUUUCUUGUAUUCAAUCACUAAAAAAAUU